CAGCACGCUGCAGAAGCACGAGAGCCAGCCCAAGAGACCAGAGUUGCCGGACCGCGCCGCUAACAUAGUAAAUGUCCGAAUAAAAAUACACACUUAGAAAAAGAGAGAAAAAUUAGGGCCGAAGUGUGCAAACUUGGCAAAUCGAACCGAAACGACAGCAAAAGCGAUCGCCCGCAAUCCGCGCACGGAGAAACCCGAGACUCGGCGACAAAGCAGGACGACAGAGCGAUCUCGAUCCCGAAGGCAGGACAAAUGGCGGAGAACGGGCUGCGUGUGCCAGGGUCAUCGGCGGUGGCCUCCUCGGUGGCUUCCAGUGGAGCGGCAGGAGCCGGCGCAGGUGGAGGAUCGGGUCCAGGAGCAGCCGUUCCCGGAGCAGGAGCGGUGGCCACCGGCGGCGGCGGCGGAACGAGCAACGGGGAGCACGAGAACGAACACAACGCCAAUGCGGACAGCGAGAAGACCCAGCCGGCGCCGGCGGUCCAGAAGUACAUGCAGGAGCUCAUGACGGAGCGGUCGCGCAUGGAGAACCACUUCCCCCUGGCGGUGAAGCUGAUCGAUGAGGCUCUGGAGCGCGUGCAGCUGAACGGACGCAUCCCCACGAGAGACCAGUACGCCGACGUCUACCAGCAGCGCACCAUCAAGCUGUCGCAGAAGGUGCACGUGCCCAUCAAGGACAAGAAGUUCAACUAUGUGGGCAAGCUGCUGGGCCCCAAAGGCAACUCGCUGCGCCGCCUGCAGGAGGAGACGCAGUGCAAGAUCGUCAUACUUGGCCGCUUCUCGAUGAAGGAUCGCGCCCGCGAGGAGGAGCUGCGCAACAGCGCGGACGCCAAAUACGCCCACCUGAAUCUUCCGCUGCACGUCGAGGUGUCCACCAUUGCACCGCCCGCCGAGGCGUACGCCCGCGUGGCCUACGCCCUGGCCGAGAUCAGGCGGUAUUUGACGCCGGACAAGCACGACGACAUCCGCCAGGAGCAGUACCGCGAGCUCAUGGAGGAUCCGGAGGCGGCCAAGAAGCUGACGCUUCGCCAGCUGCAGCAGCAGUCGAAUGCCGCGGCCAGCGGAGGAGGUGGCGGCGGCGGCGGCGGAGGCGGUGGUGGUAACGGAGGCGGAGGAGGAAACGGAAAUGGCGGAGCAGCUGGAGCCGGCAGCAACAAUGGCAACGGCAACCAGCGCUCCGGCGGCAACUACAGACAAAAGUUUCAGCAACAAUCACACUAUCGCCACAACGAGGAGACUGUCUACUUUCGCUCACACAACAACGCGUACCACCAGCCAAAACCCUAUGUGCCAGCCGCCCAGCGGGGCAAUGCCAUGCACACCACCUUGCCACCGCAGGCGAUUGUGCGAGCCUCGCCGCCCGGAAUGGUCGUCAGUGCGGCCAGCUUCAAUGGCCGGAAUGCCGGGCUGGGCAAUGCCGGCGGUGGCGGGAUCAUGGCCAAUAGCAUCGUGGCCACCACUGGCGGCGGCAUCGGCGGCGCUGUGCCACACAAUAUGCGCUACCGUCCCGCUGCCCCCUAUCAGUUUGUCAAGAAAUAAUACAGAUGGGAGGAUGCACCGCCCGCUGCCGUUCGCUGUUUGUUCAACUAUUCCUCACCAUCGUUGAUGCCCAUCUAUCGUGCCCAUCCAAACACCCACAA